UAAAUACUGAAGGGAAAUGCUUGUUCAUUUAGUGAUGAUGUUAGCGAAAUAUCUGUCUAGUAAAGUUAUGUAAUUGUUGGAUAUUAGAAAACAGGCUUCAGGUUUCUGUGACUCAGCACAACCUGAACAGAACGAAUGGAUUUGAUUGCUCAACUCCUUCAAUUUGAUUAGUACGAGUAAAAUCAUAAGUUUCCGAGAAAAAAAGUCAUAAUAUUAUGAGAAUAAAGUCAUAAUAUUAUGAAAGAAAAGUCAUAACUUUACGAGAAAAAAAAGUCGUAACAUUAUGAGAAUAAUGUCAGAAGUUUAUGAGAAAAAAAGUCGUUAUAUGAUGAGAAUUUCUCACAAUUAUGAUACUCAGUUUUCCUUAUUUCAUUUUUAUUUCAUUUUACAGAUUCAGUUCUUCUUCCAAAUUAUUAUUUUUAAACUUUUUAUUUUUCUUUUAUUUAUUUUUUCAGAAUGUGUUUUCUGAAUACCUCUCACUCAAUAUGAGCCUUCACAGCUCAUGUUAGGUAAAAGGUCAUGAUGCAUGAUGUCUUUGGACAGUCGGAGGAAACCAGAACACCUGGAGGAAAACCCCCGCUGACACGGAGAGAACAUGCAAACUCUACACCUCAUAUCGCAUGAGGUGACGGUGCUACACCUCAUAUCGCAUGAGGUGACGGUGUUACCACUCAUAUCUGUGACAGUGCGACACCUCAUAUCACAUGAGGUGACGGUGCUACCACUCAUAUCUGUGACAGUGCUAUACCUCAUAUUGCAUGAGGUGACGGUGCUACACCUCAUAUCGCAUGAGGUGACGGUACUACCCCUCAUAUCGCAUGAGGUGGCGGUGCUACCACUCAUAUCUGUGACAGUGCGACACCUCAUAUCACAUGAGGUGACGGUACUACCCCUCAUAUCGCAUGAGGUGACGGUGCUACACCUCAUAUCUGUGACGGUUCUACACCUCAUAUCGCAUGAGGUGACGGUGCUACCACUCAUAUCUGUGACGGUGCUACACCUCAUAUCGCGUGAGGUGACGGUGCUACACCUCAUAUCUGUGACGGUGCUACACCUCAUAUCGCAUGAGGUGACGGUGCUACCAGUUAUAUCUGUGACAGUGCGACACCUCAUAUUGCAUGAGGUGACGGUGCUACACCUCAUAUCGCAUGAGGUGACGGUGCUACCACUUAUAUCUGUGACAGUGCAACACCUCAUAUCACAUGAGGUGACGGUACUACCCCUCAUAUCGCAUGAGGUGACGGUGCUACACCUCAUAUCGCAUGAGGUGGCGGUGCUACCACUCAUAUCUGUGACAUUGCGACACCUCAUAUCACAUGAGGUGACGGUGCUACCACUCAUAUCUGUGACGGUGCUACACCUCAUAUCGCAUGAGGUGACGGUGCUACACCUCAUAUCUGUGACGGUUCUACACCUCAUAUCGCAUGAGGUGACGGUGCUACCACUCAUAUCUGUGACAUUGCGACACCUCAUAUCACAUGAGGUGACGGUACUACCCCUCAUAUCGCAUGAGGUGACGGUGCUACACCUCAUAUCGCAUGAGGUGACGGUGCUACACCUCAUAUCGCAUGAGGUGACGGUGCUACCACUCAUAUCUGUGACGGUGCUACACCUCAUAUCGCAUGAGGUGACGGUACCACCCCUCAUAUCGCAUGAGGUGACGGAGCUACACCUCAUAUCUGUGACAGUUCUACACCUCAUAUCUGUGACGGUGCUACACCUCAUAUCGCAUGAGGUGACGGUACUACCCCUCAUAUCGCAUGAGGUGACGGUGCUACACCUCAUAUCGCAUGAGGUGACGGUGUUACCACUCAUAUCUGUGACGGUGCUACACCUCAUAUCGCAUGAGGUGACGGUGCUACACCUCAUAUCGCAUGAGGUGGCGGUGCUACCAUUCAUAUCUGUGACAGUGCGACACCUCAUAUCACAUGAGGUGACGGUACUACCCCUCAUAUCGCAUGAGGUGGCGGUGCUACCACUCAUAUCUGUGACAGUGCGACACCUCAUAUCACAUGAGGUGACGGUACUACCCCUCAUAUCGCAUGAGGUGACGGUGCUACACCUCAUAUCUGUGACGGUGCUACACCUCAUAUCGCAUGAGGUGACGGUGCUAACACUCAUAUCUGUGACGGUGCUACACCUCAUAUCGCAUGAGGUGACGGUGCUACACCUCAUAUCGCAUGAGGUGACGGUGCUACCACUCAUAUCGCAUGAGGUGACGGUGCUACACCUCAUAUCGCAUGAGGUGGCGGUGCUACCACUCAUAUCUGUGACAGUGCGACACCUCAUAUCACAUGAGGUGACGGUACUACCCCUCAUAUCGCAUGAGGUGACGGUGCUACACCUCAUAUCUGUGACGGUUCUACACCUCAUAUCGCAUGAGGUGACGGUGCUACCACUCAUAUCUGUGACGGUGCUACACCUCAUAUCGCGUGAGGUGACGGUGCUACACCUCAUAUCUGUGACGGUGCUACACCUCAUAUCGCAUGAGGUGACGGUGCUACCACUCAUAUCUGUGACGGUGCUACACCUCAUAUCGCAUGAGGUGACGGUACUACCCCUCAUAUCGCAUGAGGUGACGGUGCUACACCUCAUAUCGCAUGAGGUGGCGGUGCUACCACUCAUAUCUGUGACAGUGCGACACCUCAUAUCACAUGAGGUGACGGUACUACCCCUCAUAUCGCAUGAGGUGACGGUGCUACACCUCAUAUCUGUGACGGUUCUACACCUCAUAUCGCAUGAGGUGACGGUGCUACACCUCAUAUCUGUGACGGUUCUAAACCUCAUAUCGCAUGAGGUGACGGUGCUAACACUCAUAUCUGUGACGGUGCUACACCUCAUAUCGCAUGAGGUGACGGUGCUACCACUCAUAUCUGUGACGGUGCUACACCUCAUAUCGCAUGAGGUGACGGUGCUACCACUCAUAUCGCAUGAGGUGACGGUGCUACCACUCAUAUCUGUGACAGUGCGACACCUCAUAUCACAUGAGGUGACGGUGCUACACCUCAUAUCUGUGACGGUUCUAAACCUCAUAUCGCAUGAGGUGAUGGUGCUACCACUCAUAUAUGUGAAGGUGCUACACCUCAUAUCGCAUGAGGUGACGGUACCACCCCUCAUAUCGCAUGAGGUGACGGUGCUACACCUCAUAUCUGUGACGGUUCUACACCUCAUAUCUGUGACGGUGCUACACCUCAUAUCGCAUGAGGUGACGGUACUACCCCUCAUAUCGCAUGAGGUGACGGUGCUACACCUCAUAUCUGUGACGGUGCUACACCUCAUAUCGCAUAUAAUCAUAUGAGGUACAGCUCUGUCACCCCAUGUGAUAUGACGGUGCUA